ACGCGACCAUUUUCAAGCUCCCGAUUUUAAGCUUCCGGUAUCGCACUUUCGCCGAGUAGAUUCCUUAUUCUGCCUCUCUUUGUGUUCCGGAUUUAUAUAGCUCUUCGUAGCAUCCAGAUAUUAACCGUCGCUGAAUCUGCUCGUGAUCUGAGUAACUCCUAUUUUCUUGGGCUCUGUGUUUAGUUCAUCAAGAAGUUCUGUGCCGCGAUAAAACAAAAAUGGCGCUAGUUGUGAUUUGUGGGCAACCUUGCAGUGGCAAAUCAAUAGCUUCUGUAACCUUAGCCGAAACAUUGAAAGAAUCUGAGACAAAACAGAGUGUCAGAAUCAUCGAUGAGGCUUCUUUCCAUCUAGACCGUAACCAAAACUAUGCCAACAUGCCUGCAGAGAAGAACCUAAGAGGAAAGCUCAGGUCAGAUGUUGAUAGAUCAGUCUCGAGAGGUGACAUUGUUAUUGUAGAUUCCUUGAACAGCAUCAAAGGUUACAGAUACGAGCUGUGGUGUAUCGCUCGUGCCGCUGGGAUUAGGUAUUGUGUAGUUUACUGUGACGUGGAUGAAACGCAUUGCAGGCAAUGGAACAAGGAGCGCAGUGAUAGAGGCGAAGCGUCGUAUGACGAUGGUAUAUUCGAAGAUCUUGUGAGAAGAUUCGAGAAACCUGAGAGAAGAAACCGAUGGGAUUCACCUCUCUUUGAGCUAUACCCUUCUCGAGAAGCAAUAGACAAAUCCUCUCCUGUGAUCUCAGAGGCAGUGACUUAUCUGACCAAGACUGUUGAUUCCAAAACCCAAGAUGUGAGGAUUCUCCAACCGAGUAUCGCGACUCAGUCCGCUAGAUUCUCAGAAGCGAACUCUCUUUACGAGUUGGACAGAGCGACGCAAGAAGUCAUCAAUGCGAUCGUGGAACAGCAAGCACUUGGUGGGGCUAUAAGCAGAGUCACUGUUGGCCAAGAGCUACCUCCAAUCGAAAUCUGCAGACCGAUUGGACUACCGGAGCUAAGGAGGCUUCGAAGAACGUUUGUUAAAUUGAUGGGUCAAUCGAGUCUGAGCGGGCCACAGUUACCAACUGACGCAGACAGCGCAAAGAGACGGUUUGUGGAUUACUUGAACAGAGAGUUUGGAGGUAAUAACGCUUGAGAUUUGUGGGUGACAUACAAAACAUCUUACAUUUUGGUUUUCAUUUUCUGAACUCGAGUCAAAUUUCAUCCUUUUUGUUCUUCACAGAAAUUUUGGAGCUAAAUUGAUGUAUCUUUUAUGCAAAGAUAUGAUUAUUAUACAUCGAGUCAAACAGUAUCGUGUUUGUAAUACUGUUAGUGAGAAAAUGAAGUUACAAAGACAUCUCUUUUCAGUUAUGUAAUCUAUUUGUCUUGUUUCUUUAA